AUGAGUAAUGAUAAAGUAGACAAUACAAUUAGAUAUUGCAAAAUUUGUAUCAAAGAGUUAGAAAAGUCUCAACAGAGUCCUUAUCCAUAUACUAAGUCAGAUGGUAGUAUAGAAAAUUUAGCACAACAUCUUUAUGACAAGCAUAAUAUUACAGCCAAAAAUUAUAAGGAUUAUCUUAAUUCUGAAAAAAAAGAUAAUGAAACAAUUAGCCCUCUUGAAGUAUUAAUGAAUUCAAUACGAAUAUUAGCUGCAUCAUUACAGAAUAAGUCAGAUGCUGCAUUAAGAAAAGAGAUAAAAGAAAUAGUAGAGGUUUUAAAACCGGUUGAAGAAAUAACAAGACAUAUUUGUGAUGCAAAAUACCCUACUAUGAAUCUUGUAUACCCUUAUAUUCGAAUAUUAAAAAAUAAAUAUACUCCAGUAGCUGAAAAGGGUAAAUUAGUCGAAUCUUGGUUGGAUCUUAUCUAUAAAUCAUCAUUAGAAAGUUCUGAUCAAAUAGUAGAUAGUGAUACAAGUAUUAGUAAUGAUGACGAAGCUGAUAUACUAUCAGCUGGAAAUAGAAAACAAUAG